GAAGGAAAAUCACAGCCAGGUCUCUGCAAUUCGCCUCCCCCGCCGGUCUACCUCUGGUCCUGGAAAGCCUGCAACUUCUGCAUGGCUUUCUUUUUUGCGCUCGCUGCUUACGUGCAGAUUAAUGAUCCAGAUGCAGGAAUAUGGAUCGUUGCCUAUGUAAUCCCUGCUGCUUUAUCCUUUCUUGUUGGGCUGAAUCCACCAAUCACAGACAACUUUGUCUGGAGAAGUCUCUCGGAUUUGCACAUGUUCAUGUGUUCAAUGGUCGCGAUCCUGUGGGCUUGGCGGCUUCAACAUGCUGCAAAGAGCAACGUUUUCCAAGAGGAGGAGGGGCGGGAGUUUUUGGGGUUAGUUAUUAUUGUUAUAUGGAUUCUUCUGUGUCGACAUUCAGGAAAGUACCUUGGUGGCUACAGACUUUCCAUUGCGGUUCUCAUUACAGUCCUGCCAUUCAUAACAUGGCUAUAUUAUUACAUCAAUAAAGAGCUGCGAGCAUCUUGGCCAGAUCACUGCAGGAACACUAUUUAGACUGGACAUGAGCCAACAAUGGGACCAGGAAAAGCCUCUGAACUUGACUGAAAUAGAUUGUUUCAAAAGAAAAACUGAACCUCCAAUUUACAUUAGUUUUUAAAGCUGCUGAUCCAAUGUGGCUUUGUGAAAGAAAACUACUUUGAAUUCAAGCGCACUUUUCUGUUUAAAUAGUAUAUUGUACAUAAUUUAACCUUUAAUUCAUGUAAAUUAUUAAUUUUGCAUUUGAGAAACUUGAACAUUGAUUUUUUAAAAUAUUAAUUCGUGGGAUGUGGGCAUCGUUGGC